AUGGAUGAUACCUUCUUCCCUGAUGAGCUUUGGCUCAAUAGGGAAAUCCAGUUCACCUCUCCUUCACCCUCCACCUGGAAACUGACCGUGAAAAUCAUAGAAAGCUUCUCACUUUUGAGCCAGAAAGAACCCGAGGAUUACCAAGACACUUCCUUUGAUAUCUACAUGCAGAUCCCCAAUAAGGGGACUCAGGCUCUGCUCCCCGACAUGCGCCGCAGACAAGCUUCUGGCGAGGCCCCUAACAUCUUACAAGAGGAGCGUGAAGCCUACGAACGCCUGGCCAAACACUAG